AUGAGUUCUAAAAGGGGUAAACGUAACAUAGGGAAUAAGCAUUUUCCUAUAGCUGAAUCUGUCAGCAUAGCAUUAAAAAUACAGUUGGAUAAGUUUCUUAGUGAUGAGAAUGAGACCGAACUAAAAUUUCCGUCUUUUCUGUCUGCCCAAGAAAGAGGCUUCAUUCAUGAGACCGUCGCAAAAUUAGGUCUCAAAUCGAAGUCACGCGGGAAAGGUGUUAACCGCUACAUAACAAUAUAUAAAAGAAUUGGUUCAACAAUAAUACAAAAUGAUGCCAAAUUGAUUUUAGACUCUAAUAUGAGAUGUAGUAUCACUGAGUUGUUUAAUGCAUUCCCAAUCACAAGUAAGGAAAAGGAAGAUCUUAGUUGUUGUCCAGAGAAAGAGCGGAGUCCACAAUUAGCUCAUAAAAGUAUGGGACAAUUGAAUAACGGUGUUGCUCAGGUUCCAAGCACAUCAUAUAAUCCUGACUUGAUUAAAUUUAGAGAAAAAUUACCAGUUUAUGAACAAAGACAUGAGCUAAUAAAUGCAAUUAACUCUAAUCAGGUGAUAAUAGUUGCGGGAGCAACAGGAUGUGGCAAAACAACCCAACUACCACAGCUAGUGUUAGAGCACUGUCAGGAGAUGAAACAACCUGUCAGGAUUUACUGCACGCAGCCCAGACGUAUAUCAGCUGUUUCUGUUGCUGAGCGGGUAGCAUACGAGCGUAUGGAGAAGAUAGGACAAUCUAUUGGUUACCAAAUUCGGCUCGAGUCUCGUGUAAGCCCGCGUACAGUGUUGCAUUAUUGCACUAAUGGCGUCUUGCUUAGGACUUUGAUGGCGGGUGAUGAAGCCCUUACUGGGGUGACACACGUAUUCGUAGACGAGGUUCACGAGCGAGAUAAAUUUAGUGACUUUCUGCUGAUCGCAUUACGAGACGCCUUGCGCACUAAAGAUUUAAAAGUCAUUCUCAUGUCUGCAACUAUGGACACGCAGAUAUUCUCCAGGUAUUUCAAUGGAUGUCCAGUGAUAAGUAUACCUGGGCGUUUACACGAAGUUCAAAGGCAUUAUUUAGAAGAUGUCUUAAAGUUGACCAAGUACACCAACAAGAAGAUGUCACAAUUGGAACGUGAGCUUAGAGGGAAGCUUAAAACUGGACAAAGCUACUGGUCGCAUCUUGAGGGGCAAAAGCAAAGUGAUGUAGUAGAAGAGAGCGGGACUAAAGAGGAAAAAGAUAAUCUUGAUCCAGCAAUGCAAGCUGAUAUGGAUGAAUUUUUGGACGAGUGCUUCAAUGAGGGUAGUUUGGACUCGUUCAGCCAAGUGCUGUACAUGAUUCUAUCAGAAGGUGUAAGCGUAGACGCGCGUCACUCCGCCUGUGGAAGGACGGCCCUUCACGCUGCUGCUGCAAGGGGUCUGACGCAAACUGCGCAUCAGAUAUUGAGGCUCGGUGCUGACCCAACAUUUAAAGAUAAAAAUGGUAAAACAGCUUAUGACUACGCUGUAGAAGGCGGUCACUCAGAAUGUGCCAAAGGCCUCGUCAGCUUCAACCAGAUCGAGGAACCCAAAUCCAACGAACAAGAAGAGUCGGCGGCGGACAACUUCCUUUUAGAUGUCUACCAUCACUCCUUCUCAGAGGAGCUCAUAGACCACGAUCUUAUGUUGGCGUUAGUCAAACAUAUCCACCUUAACAUGGCGAAAGGGAGUAUACUCAUCUUCCUACCGGGCUACGACGACAUCGUUACUCUGCGAGACAUGAUCCAGAGCUGCACAGAAAUGAGUGCUUUAAAAUAUCAAAUAUUCACCUUGCACAGUAACAUGCAGACUUUGGACCAGAAAAAAGUCUUCAACCCGCUCCCGAAUGCGCGGAAAAUUAUUAUUUCAACAAAUAUAGCAGAAACUUCAAUAACGAUAGACGACGUCGUAUACGUCGUGGACUCGUGUAAAGUCAAAGAAAAGUAUUAUGAAUCCAAUGGAGGGGUCUGUUCCCUGCAAUGCGUGUGGACCUCGAGGGCGUGUUGCCAGCAGAGGGCCGGUAGAGCCGGACGGACCAAGCCGGGCCAUAGCUUCCACAUGUGCUCCAAACGUCGCUUCCAAACUCUACCCCUCAACUCGGUUCCAGAAAUUCUUAGGGUUCCUCUACAGGAGCUGUGCCUCCACACAAAAUUGUUAGCACCUGGAAAUACUCCUAUCGCGGAUUUCCUAUCGAAGGCUUUGGAGCCGCCUUCAUUUUUAGCCGUGAGGAAUGCCGUGACCCUACUCAAGACUGUCGGUGCUCUCACUCCUAUGGAAGAUUUGACAGAAAUCGGCCAGCAUUUAUUAGAUUUGACGGUCGAACCAAAGUUAGGCAAAAUGUUGCUCUACGCGUGCGUCAUGAAAUGUUUAGACCCGAUAUUGACCAUCGUUUGCAGCUUGUCGAAUAAAGAGCCGUUCCAGAUAUCUAUGAACCCAGAAAAUAGGAAGAAGGGAAGCUUAGCGAGAAAAGAAUUCGCCGCAGACAGCUAUUCGGAUCAUAUGGCGUUAUUGAGGGCAUUCCAAGCGUGGCAGUCUGCGAGGGCUAACGGCACUGAAAAGGGGUUUUGUGCCAAAAAUCUUAUAUGCGGGGCUACUAUGGAAAUGAUUGUCGGCUAUCGGUCGCAGUUACUGGCACAGUUAAGGGCUCUAGGUCUUGUUAAAGCGCGAGGUUCGGGUGACAUUAAGGACGUCAACGUGAACUCUGAAAAGUGGCACGUAGUGAAAGCGGUGCUGGUUAGCGGACUGUACCCGUCCAUCGCGAGAGUAGAUAGGGAUUCCUGUACGCUGAGGACUUCGAAAGAAGUCAAAGUCGCAUUUCAUCCCAGUUCCACUUUACACAGAGGUGGCGGAGUGAGUGGUUCUCAAAAAUCAGUACAAAGUUUACCGACGGACUGGGUGGUGUUUGAAGAAAUUUCUCGUGUGGGCAGAUUUUGUUUUAUCCGAUGCAACACAUUAGUGACUCCCCUUACGGUCGCUUUGUUUAGUGGGCCUCUAAGACUGCCCUCUGGCGCGCUAACGCAAAGAGCUAAUCCGCCAGGUUUGUCGAGCGAUUCAGAUAGUGAGGCAGACGAGAACAACUCGUCUCCAGAUACAGCAGUCCUGACUUUAGAUGAUUGGAUGGCGUUCACAGCCGACGCAUCAGACGCCAUAAGCGUUUAUUACUUGCGUCAGAAACUAUGUGCGCUAGUCAUUCGCCGAAUGUCCAACCCAGGGAAACCGAUGACGCCACUCGAUGAGCAAAUCUUAAACGCGGUCGUCCACGUCUUGGGAGCUGAAGAGAAAAACGUGGGCUUACACCAACCCGCCGGCAUAGGCCAGCGGCCGAAACCGCUGACUGUCGAAUCGCCGAUGUGGCGGCGAGAGGACGAACAGUUUAAUCGGCACGAGCAAAAAUACUACCCGCAGUACCAGAACGACUUUGCGAAUAGUUUCUAUCAGGGCUACGGUUAUAGGAAUGGCCAAAGACCCGGCUGGAGGAAUGAUGGAAUGCCACAGGGAUUCUCAUCACAGUCGUUUAGUGGGCCAAAGAGUCCCAUGUCUCCAAACGGAAAGACCCUGCUAGCUAAUAUAGAGAAAUAUUCAGAAAACGGUGAAAGCAAUUCGAGGUACUUUAUAGUAAAGGCGGACGAUUUGCACAGUGUGGAAAUGGCACAAGCGAGUGGCAGCUACCCCUUUACGCAAAACACUAUCAAGAAACUGCAAAAGGCAAAACAGGAGGGCAGUCGUGUGGUAAUGAUAUUCUCGUGUGCGGGUGCUUCAAAGAUAACAGGUGCAGCGGCCCUUGGAGAGGCAACCACGCCUUUAGACUGGAUCAGCAAUAACCACAUACCCUUUCAUAUGCUCAGGCACAUAACUAAUGGUUUAGCUGGUGGUGCCCGUGUGACUGGCGCUCGCGAUGGCACGGAACUGUGCGCGUCAAGCGGACGCGGGCUACUUGCCGCUUUGCAAAGCCGUAGGAGACACAAUCCACCGAGGCCCAUACAGAAACAACCUAACGACCAAUGA